GAUAAAGCUUCGUUUUGUUCCCCACUUUCUGCGGUUGACGAAUUCGAGCGUCGGCUUAGUUUUAGCUGUCUAUCUGUAAUCGUUCGUGGGAUGUCGUGUCGUGUCAUCGUUCUCUCUUUCAUUUGAUGUUCCCAGGUCUGGAGCUUUGGGAUAAUGGGUUUCUCUACUGUAUAUCGGUGCUUGCAGGAGCUAUUUCCACAGCUUGAUGCUCGCGCUUUGAAGGCAGUUGCAAUUGAAAAUUCUAAGGAUGCGGAUGCCGCUGUUGAGGUUGUUCUUUCAGAAAUUCUUCCUUAUGUUUCAGAGCAGGAAAAACCCCAGAGUGCCCCUUUUCAAUACCUGGGAUCAUUUAAUCUAUCUGAUGGAGAAGUUCGAUCUGACCAACCGAGCUCUUUAUCGAGGCGCCAAAGUAUGCCUAGGAAAGCAAAUGCAGCUUCUUCAGAAUCAAAAGCAGCUAGCAGAAAUGGCGAUACCAUAUCUAGCAAUAGCAGUCUGCUUGAAAAUUAUCCAAGAACCGGUCAGGAGGCAUCUACCUCCUGCAGCAAUGACAAGAGAGGUCGAGUUUUUGAGACUGAUGAACUGAUUGCAUUGGAGACAGAUCGAGUGCGAGUAACCAGAGUCAUUGAGGCUAAUCAAGCUCCAGAUGUCCGAUUAACUGCUGAGCCGAAACCACACAGCCUGACUGAAAGUGCAGAAGUGAUUUUGCUGGGGACAAUUAAUCAGCCGCUUGCCAUUCCUGGGAAGACUUUGCACGUUGGACCAGCUAAAUCUAGUGACAUCUCUAGUUUAACAAUCGCAGAUGCAAAGUUUAGUCAAAGAAGUUCUCGUGGCUCUCAGGCGGAUGAUUGUAACAUGAGUAAAAGUGAAAGUAGCUAUCGAUCAGAAUCAACUUUGACUAGCACUUCUAUGAAGACAGGGCACUCUGGUUGUGAGCAAGCAUUAGAGCAUCCUUUGGUAGCUCCAAUGGAUCUUUUGGAAGGUGAUACCAUCAAUCUUGUAAGUAACAAUACUGGUGAAAAAGCAGAAGAAGAUGCUGCUGCCUCGAAACACUAUUUUGGAGAGGAGUCGCCCUUGAAGUUGAAAACCACCUACUCUGGCGAUGAAUUUUUCAAGCAGAUCAUUGAGAAUGCUCAAGCAUACAAAACUACCCUUUUCUCGGCGAUGGAUUUGGUCGUCAACCUCAUGAGAGAAGUUGAAGAAAAAGAGAAAGUUGCAAAACAAGCUAAAGAGGAAGCUUCUUCGGAGGGACAUGAUAUUUACUUUAGGAUUGAGGAACUCAAACUGAUGUUAGCGUAUGCAAAGGAAGCAAAUGAUAUGGUUCAUGCAGGUGAAGUUUAUGGAGAGAGAGCUAUUUUAUCGACUGAAGCAAGGGAGCUUCAAUCUCAUUUACUCAGGUUGUUGGAUGAAAGGGACAAAUCUCUUGCAAUUAUUGUUCAGAUGCGCCAAGAACUUGAAAUUCGAUUUUCUGCAGCAGAGGAUUUGAAAAAAGUUGCCAAGAAGGAAAAGCUUGAAAAGGAAGCCACUGCUCAACGUGCUUUGGCUGAACAGCAAGCUCUCCUGGAGAAGGUGCAUCAUGAGUCUAAGUUAUUACAGGAAGAGGAAGAACGGAACAACAAGCUGCGGAUGUUUCUCAUGGACCAUGGCCGUAUUGUUGAUGUACUCCAAGGGGAGAUCGCCAUCAUCUGCCAGGAUGUGAAGUCACUGAAAGAAAAUUUCGAUAGGGGUGUUCAGUUGAGCAAAUCCGUUUCCUCGAGGAAGAUGAGUCACAUCACAUCUUCAUCAUCCAGCUCAAAUUUAAGCAGUAUUUCCACUGAUACGAUACCUGAACGAGGCAAAACUUUAAAUAUUCCAAACAAGAUAGGACCUCUGAACUCAAUUGAUGACAUUGGGCUGGAGGAUGAAGCAUGGGAAUUGUUCGAAGGUAACUGAGAAUCGUAAACCCGACUUGCAAAUAUGACAUGUAAUGUGAAUGGAAGAUUUGACUGAUAUUACUCCUCAUGUUGUGCUGUUUAUAAUAUGGCUCCUGUAGUUUCAGCCCAA